AUGAAGAAGGACACAGACAAAGAAACGAAUAAAAAAGAAAGCGAGCUUGAAUUGGAAAUUGCACAACUUAAAUUUCGAAUCAGAGAACGUGAUCGAGCUAUAUUUGAACUGGAAGAAGAAAUUAGAGGUAGAGAUGCUAUUAUACUUGACAGGUGUCAACUUAUUGAACGUCUUGAAAAGUGCCACUAUGAACAAUCACCAUCUGAUCAGGAUUCCUGGGAAAAAACAUCAAUAAGUACAGUCCAAUGUCUUGAUGUUAAAGAAGAUCCGAUACUGAAUACAGAGCAACAGGCCCAGUUAUUAGAAGAAUUAGAACAAGAACGAGAAAAACGAAUUAAACUUAUUAAACAAAACGAACUUCUAAUGCAUCAGUGGGAUAAUGCAUUAAUUUAUGCAGAACAAGUACAAAAAAAGUUGCAAGCUGAACUCCGACGUACUAGCACUCUUAUUGACGAAAAUGCAAUGCUUCGAAAGCGCAUCAAUGAAACAGUUCUCAUUUCUAAAAGUGGUAUACAGUUCGUGGCGUUUUUACUUGCAUUACUUAGCCUCUAUUUGUAUACUUAUAUGUAA